GUCCACAACCUGCGCAUCAUCCUUUCCCUCGUGCGCCCCUUCUUGGCCCGGAGGAAUAUCGCUUGGCUAUUCCAGAGUCGCUGUCUGAACCUCGAAUUGGGAUGCUGCUCUGAACAUGCUUUUUCAUAGGCCCUUUCGGUGACUGUGUUCCUACUUGACGACCUGGUUUCCUCGUCCUGAUAAUGGCCUCCGCGGGAUCGUCCGGCGGCUCUGUCAAUGAGCUCGCCGCUAAGCUCUACGAAGCGUGUCUGGCCAAGUUCCCUCCUGAUCAUCUCUUCAACCAGCAAGAAUUGCUGGGCCUGGGCAUCUUUCCCAAGUCCGACCUUGCGCUUCUCCUCCAAUGCACCCAGUCGCUGGUGGACCAAAAGCUGUUCCGGCUGCUGCAGAAAAAUGACCGCCUGGCCUGGAAGAUCAUCUCGCGCGAAGAUGCUGAAAAACUUCAAAAUCUGAGCCCCGACGAGAGUUUGGUCUACAAUGUGAUUCACUCGACCGGCCGCUCUGGUAUCUGGGUCCGCGCGAUUCAAAACCGUACAAACCUGCACAAGUCCAUCCUCGAUCGCUGCCUCAAGUCGCUCGAAGGGAAAAACUACAUCAAAAGCGUCCACAAUGUCAAGUUUCCCAGCCGGAAGAUGUACAUGCUGGCGGGCCUGGCCCCCAGCGAGGAUGUCACCGGUGGUGCCUGGUUUACGGACGGCGUGCUGGACGAGAACUUCAUCACCACGGUGGCGGGGUAUAUCGAGUAUACCGUGAGUCGGAAAAGCUGGUUCGAAAUUGCGUCGGCAGACGGACGAGGCAAGCGCAUCAAAACCGCCGACGGAAGCGCAUCGAUGAAACAAGACCCGGGCCAGAAAGAAUACAUCCCCUUCCCGGCGGGCUACCAAGGCUAUCCCACCGUCGCGAUGAUCACCUCUGCCGUCAACGAGAGUGGCAUCACGCCCGUGCGGCUGGGCGAGGAGAGUAUCCUGCAGCUCCUCGACAUGCUCUGCUUCGACAAUAAGCUGGUCGCCCUGAACAAUGGCGAAGUCUACCGAUCGGUCAAAAGCCCCGAGGCCGUAAAACAAUCGCAGGCCCGGAAACCCGCCGGGGACGACGAUGCCGCGUCCGAUCGGCUGGUGCAGAACGGCAUGACAGAAGCCCCUUGCGGCCAUUGCCCCGUUUUCAAACUCUGCGCCCCCGGAGGCGCCGUGAGCCCGGAAAGCUGUGAAUACUUUGAUCCGUGGUUGGAGAAGGCGCUUGGAUUCUGAUUCUGAGCACCGAGUCUUGCUGCCUCCCCCGUCCUCCUUCCUCUUUCCUCUCAUCAUCACCUUUUCUUUCCUCUUUCUUAUAGUCGAUGUACUAUGUGCGCAUCAGCGCCAGGUCAUGUUUUGCUUUGCAUAGCGGUGGCGUUUUCAUGUCUCUUGUCGAACUUGGGAUUGGUCUUCUCAAGAGUAUGGACAUUUCACGAAGUUUAGAAAACCUCAGUGGCAUCUAGGGAUGGGUUUGGGUUUCAAAAAAGUGGAAAAAGUCGGUGCAUCACGUCUUAGCCUACUCUUAAUCUACUUGCAUAGAUAGGGAACGAGCUUUUC